CAGCCGGCCAACAAGACUCUCCGCACCAAGAAGACGCUCGCCAAGAAGCUGAAGCAGAACCGUCCCAUCCCGCAGUGGAUUCGCAUGCGCACUAACAACCGGAUUCGGUACAACGCGAAGCGCCGCCACUGGCGCCGCACAAAGAUUGGCCUGUAG